AUGGCUAAGGAGGAAGAUGAGGAAAAGAAAGCCAAGAAAGGGAAGAAGGGGAAGAAGGCCCCGGAGCCAGAGAAGCCCAAACGGAGCCUGAAGGGGACAUCGCGGCUGUUCAUGGGCUUCCGCGACCGGACACCCAAGAUCUCCAAGAAGGGCCAGUUCCGGAGCGCGUCGGCUUUCUUCUGGGGCCUCCACACUGGUCCCCAGAAGACCAAACGCAAGAAGAAGGCCCGCACCGUGCUCAAGUCCACGUCGAAGCUCAUGACGCAGAUGCGCGUGGGCAAGAAGAAGCGGGCGAUGAAGGGCAAGAAGCCGUCCUUCAUGGUGAUCCGCUUCCCCGGACGGCGCGGCUACGGCCGCCUCCGGCCGCGCGCCCAGUCGCUCAGCAAGGCGUCCACGGCCAUCAACUGGCUCACCAAGAAGUUCCUCCUAAAGAAGGCCCAGGAGUCGGGCAGCGAGCAGGCCACGCUGGACGCCUGGCUGCAGCGCCCGGACUCCCGCGCGGGCUCCCGCAAGCUGCCCUUUCCGUCGGGCGCCGAGAUCCUGCGGCACGAAGGCCCGCUCCGCAGGUUCCCCCGCAGCCGCAGCAUCUACGCGGCGGGCGAGCCCGUGGGCUUCCUGCCCUUCGAGGACGAGGCCCCGUUCCGGCACUCGGGCUCCCGCAAGUCGCUGUACGGGCUCGAGGGCUUCCAAGACCUGGGCGAGUAUUACGACUACCACCGCGAGGGCGACGACUACUACGACCGGCAGUCGCUCUACCACUACGAGGAGCAGGAGCCCUACCUGGCAGGCCACAGCCCCUACGGGCCAGCCUGGCCGCCCUACGGCGACCACUACUUCGGGUACCCGCCCGAGGACCUCUACGACUACUACCAUCCCGCCGACUACAGUGGCUCAUUCUACCCGGGGUACGCCUACGGCUAUGGCUACGGCUACGACGAUUACGAACCCCCGUAUGCGCCCCCCUCGGGGUUCUCGUCCCCUUACGGCUACCACGACGGGUACGAGGGCGAGGCGAACCCGUACAGCUACCCCCUGGAUCCCUACGCGCCCUACGAUGCGCCAUACCGGCCCUACGACGCGCCAUACCGGCCCUACGACGCGGCAUACCCGCCCUACGACCUCCAGUACGACACGCCCUAUGGCCUGCCCUACUUUGACACCUACGGGGUCCCCUACACCGUCCCCUAUGCCGAAGGCAUUUAUGGCGGUGGGGGCGAGGCCAUCUACCCUCCCGAAGUGCCCUACCUCUACCCACAGGAGCCGGCCUUCGUGUACCCUUGGGUACCGCCACCCAUCCCGUCGCCGCAUAACCCAUACGCCCACGCCAUGGAUGACAUCGCGGAGCUGGAGGAGGUGGAGGAGGCGGGCGGCGAGCGGCAGAGCACCUCCUUCCGCCUGCCCAGCGCUGCCUUCUUCGAGCAGCAAGGUAUGGACAAGCCCGCCAGGUCCAAGCUGUCCCUCAUCCGCAAGUUCCGCCUCUUCCCACGGCCCCAGGUGAAGCUGUUCGGGAAAGAGAAGUUGGAGGUGCCGCUCCCACCCUCACUGGACAUUCCACUGCCCUUGGGGGAUGCGGAGGAAGAGGAGGAGGAGGAGGAGGAGAUGCCCCCGGUGCCCUACGGCCACCCUUUCUGGGGCUUCCUCACUCCGCGCCAGCGCAACCUCCAGCGCGCCCUGUCCGCCUUCGGUGCCCACCGGGGCCUGGGCUUCGGCCCCGACUUCGGCCGGCCCCAGCCUCGCCCAGCCACCUCGCUGGCGCGGUUCCUCAAAAAGACGCUGUCGGAAAAGAAGCCCCCCCCGCGGCUCCGGGGCAGCCAGCUGGCCCGGGGGGGCGGCCCCGCGGUCAGGGAGGCGGCCUACAAACGCUUCGGCUACAAGCUGGCCGGCAUGGACCCCGAUCGGCCCAACACGCCCAUCGUGCUGAGGAGGGCGCAGCCGCGGGGUCGCAACAACAACAACGCCCACCGCGCGCCCGCGCCCAGGGCCCGGGCCCUCGCCCGCUGGAGCGCGCUCGCGUCCCCGCCCGCGCCCCCGCGGCCCCCCAGCCCGCGCCCGCCGCCCGCCCCGCCCUUCUCUCCGGUGCUCCCGCCCCGGCCCCGGCCCGCCUCGCCCUACGGCUCCCUCCGCUGCCGCCCGCCGCCCUGGGCCGCCCCGGCUCACGUGCCCGCUGCGCCCCAGGCGAGCUGGUGGGCCUUCGUGGAGCCCCCUCCCGUGAGUCCGGACGUGCCCCCCGACCUGCUCCCCUUCCCCGGACCCCGGCCCUCCUUCAGGGACUCCCGCCGCCCAGGGGCGCCCGUGGGCUUCCCCGGGGCCUCCCCGCAGGCGUCGCGGAGGCGGGCCUGGUCUCCCCUGCCCUCCCGCCAGCCCUCGCUGAGGAGCCUGCCGGGCCCCGGCUACGGCUCACCCCUGGGGCCCCGGUCCCCUCGGCUGUCCGUCCGCGCCGGCCCCUUCCAGCCGCCCUUCCCGCCCCCACCCCGCCGGCCCCGCUCGCUGCGGGAGCCCUCGGUCCUCGGCCGGGCCUCGGGGAGCCUGGGUCCACCCCGCUCGCCGCUGGGCUCACCCCGGCCGCCCUCGCCGCCCCCUCUGCUCGGCCACAGCCCUCGGCGCCGCUCGCUCAACCUGCCUUCGCGCUUCCCGCACACUUGGCGGCGCCUCAGCGAGCCACCAACACGGGCGGUGAAGCCGCGGGUGCGUCCGCCCUUCCACCUGCCGCCUGGUGCGGGGUCCUGGCGGGCGGCUGCUCCACUCCUGGAGCCCCGGGAGAGUCCGAGAGAACCUGAGGACUCCGAAACGCCUUGGACGGUGCCCCAGCUGGCCCGCAGCUGGGACGUGGAUGCGCCUGCCACCCAGCGCCCACCCUCACCGUGGCCAGGAGGCGCGGGCAGCCUCCGAGGCUUUUCCAGGCCACACCCUGUGCACGAAAACCCCUUCCUCCAGCACUUGGGCCCCGUGCCAGCUCCGCAGCCUGAGGACCCAGCUAUAGGCUCCACCAAUGUCUUCCUGGGCAGACACCAUGACCCUGGGCCUGGACAGCUCUCCAAAUCAGCUGGCCCGAGCCCUGAGAAGCCUGAAGAAGAGGCCACCCUGGGGGACCUUCAGCCACCAGCAGAGCCAGAGCCUCCUAUCCCGACACCCCCCAAGGAUGUCCUUCCAGAGAAGACAUUGAGACUCAGCCUCUCAUACCCACUGGCUGCGUGUAACCAGACAAGAGCCACAUGGCCACCAUGGCACCGCUGGGGGACACUGCCCAGAGCCCCAGCCCCCUUGGCACCCACAGGUGCCCCAGGUCCCCUGCCCAAGGGGGGCCAGCGGCACCAGGCAGGCCCUGGGCGUUUUGCUGUGGUCAUGCCUCGGGUGCAGAAGCUGAGCUCCUUCCAGCCAGUUGGGCCUGCCACCUUGCAGCCCACUGACCAGCCUGCUAAGGAUGAUGAGCCCAGCCCUGAACCACGAGCCUGGAGUCUGCGCUGGUACCGCCUCUGGCUGCCGGUGGAUGCCCACCGACCCUGGCCACGAGUACAUACCCACCCCCAGUCCUGCCACCUGGGCCCCCGAGCCACCUGCCUGUCCCUCAGGGGCCUCUGGGAAGAGGUUGGCCCAAAAAGCUGGCAGAACAAGAUGCACUCCAUCCGCAACCUGCCAUCCGUGCGGUUCCGAGAGCAGUGCCGGGAGGAUGGUGUGGAGGACAUGACGCAGCUGGAAGACCUCCAGGAGACCACGGUGCUGUCCAAUCUCAAGACCAGAUUUGAACGGAACCUCAUCUACACGUACAUCGGCAGCAUCCUGGUGUCGGUGAACCCAUACCGGAUGUUCGGAAUCUAUGGGCCGCAGCAGGUGCAGCAGUACAGCGGGCGGGCCCUGGGAGAGAAUCCCCCACACCUCUUUGCGAUUGCAAACCUUGCCUUCGCCAAAAUGCUUGAUGCCAAACAGAACCAGUGCAUAAUCAUCAGUGGAGAGAGCGGCUCUGGCAAAACUGAGGCCACAAAGCUGAUUCUGCGCUACCUGGCCGCUAUGAACCAGAAGCGGGACGUCAUGCAGCAGAUCCUGGAGGCAACACCCCUCUUGGAGUCCUUCGGUAACGCCAAAACUGUCAGGAACGACAACUCCAGCCGCUUCGGGAAGUUUGUGGAGAUCUUUCUGGAAGGGGGCGUGAUCUCUGGUGCCAUAACCUCGCAGUACCUGCUUGAGAAGUCCAGGAUUGUGUUUCAGGCCAAAAACGAGAGGAAUUAUCACAUCUUUUACGAGCUACUGGCUGGGCUGCCUGCCCAGCUGCGGCAGGCCUUCAGCCUGCAGGAGGCAGAGACAUACUACUACCUGAACCAGGGUGGGAACUGUGAGAUCGCAGGGAAGAGCGAUGCAGACGACUUCCGCCGGCUCCUGGCCGCCAUGGAGGUGCUGGGCUUCAGCAGCGAGGACCAGGACAGCAUCUUCCGCAUCCUGGCCUCCAUCCUGCACCUGGGCAACGUCUACUUUGAGAAGUAUGAGACGGACGCGCAGGAGGUGGCCUCAGUGGUGAGUGCCCGGGAGAUCCAGGCUGUGGCGGAGCUGCUGCAGAUCUCCCCCGAGGGCCUGCAGAAGGCCAUCACCUUCAAAGUGACCGAGACAAUGCGAGAGAAGAUCUUCACACCCCUGACUGUGGAGAGCGCCGUGGAUGCCAGGGACGCCAUCGCCAAGGUCUUGUAUGCACUGCUAUUCGGCUGGCUUAUUGCCAGGGUCAACGCGCUAGUGUCCCCACGGCAGGACACGCUGUCCAUCGCCAUCCUGGACAUCUAUGGCUUCGAGGACCUGAGCUUCAACAGCUUUGAGCAGCUGUGUAUUAACUACGCAAACGAGAACCUUCAGUACCUUUUCAACAAGAUCGUCUUCCAGGAGGAGCAGGAGGAGUACAUCCGUGAGCAGAUUGACUGGCGGGAGAUCGCCUUUGCAGACAAUCAGCCCUGCAUCAACCUCAUCUCACUGAAGCCCUACGGCAUCCUGCGCAUCCUGGAUGACCAGUGCUGCUUUCCCCAGGCCACAGACCACACAUUCCUGCAGAAGUGCCACUACCACCAUGGCGCCAACCCACUCUACUCCAAACCCAAGAUGCCACUGCCCGAGUUCACUGUCAAGCACUAUGCAGGCAAGGUCACCUACCAGGUGCACAAGUUCCUGGACAAGAACCACGAUCAAGUGCGCCAGGACGUGCUGGACCUGUUCGUGCGCAGCCGGACGCGGGUGGUGGCACACCUCUUCUCCAGCCACGCCCCACAGGCUGCCCCUCAGCGCCUGGGCAAGAGCAGCUCCGUUACCCGGCUCUACAAGGCGCACACAGUGGCUGCCAAGUUCCAGCAGUCACUUCUGGAUCUGGUGGAAAAGAUGGAGAGGUGCAACCCCUUGUUCGUGCGUUGCCUGAAGCCCAACCACAAGAAGGAGCCAGGUCUCUUUGAGCCAGACGUAGUGAUGGCGCAGUUACGCUAUUCAGGGGUGCUGGAGACUGUGCGGAUCCGCAAGGAGGGUUUUCCGGUGCGGCUCCCCUUCCAGGUGUUCAUCGACAGGUACCGCUGUCUAGUGGCCCUCAAGCACAGCCUGCCAGCUAAUGGGGACAUGUGUGUGUCAGUGCUGAGUCGCCUGUGCACAGUCACGCCAAACAUGUAUCGUGUUGGGGUCAGCAAGCUGUUCCUUAAGGAGCACCUCCACCAGCUCCUGGAAAGCAUGCGGGAGCAUGUCCUGAAUCUGGCAGCCCUCACGCUGCAGCGCUGCCUCCGAGGCUUCUUAAUCCAGCGGCGUUUCCGCUCUCUGCGACGCAAGAUCAUCUUGCUGCAAAGCCGGGCCCGUGGCUACCUUGCCAGGCAACGCUAUCAGCAGAUGAGGAGGAGUCUGGUGAAGUUCCGGUCCCUGGUGCAUGCAUAUAUGAGCCACCAACGCUACCUCAAGCUGAGGGCAGAGCGGAGGCGCCAGGUGGAGGAGGCACGGCUGCGGGAGCAGGAGGAGCUGAGCAAGCGGGAGGUGGUGGCUGUGGGGCACCUGGAGGUGCCGGCUGAGCUGGCUGGGCUCUUGCAAGCAGCGGCAGGCCUCAGGCUGAACCAGGCGCCCAGGGUGGCUCCUGUGCGGAGUCCCCGGCUCCAGGCCGAGCCCCGGGUCACGCUGCCCCUGGAUAUCAACAACUUCCCCAUGGCCAAGUUUGUCCGGUGCCACUUCAAGGAACCUGCCUUUGGGAUGCUGACGGUGCCCCUGAGGACACCCCUCAUGCAGCUGCCAGCCGAGCAGCAUGCAGAAGCCACAAGCAUCUUUAAGCUGAUCCUGCGUUUCAUGGGCGACCCCCACCUGCGUGGUGCCCAGGAGACCGUCUUCGGGAACUACAUUGUGCAGAAGGGGCUGGCAGUGCCCGAGCUGCGGGACGAGAUCCUGGCACAGCUGGCCAACCAGGUGUGGCGCAAUCCCAACGCCCACAACGCCGAGCGCGGCUGGCUGCUGCUGGCCGCCUGCCUCAGCGGCUUUGCGCCCUCCUCGCGCUUCAGCAAGUACCUGCUCAAGUUUGUGUCUGAUUAUGGGCGGAAUGGCUUCCAGGCUGUGUGUCAGCAUCGCCUCAUGCAGGCCAUGGGCCGGGCCCAACAGCAGGGCGCAGGGGCUGCCCGCACCUUCCCCCCGACCCAGCUCGAGUGGACAGCGACCCGUGAGAAGGCCAGCAUGGCGCUGGACGUGGGCUGCUUCAGUGGUGACCAGUUCUCCUGCCCGGUGCACUCCUGGAGCACAGGGGAAGAGGUGGCUGGAGACAUUUUGAGGCACAGGGGGCUGGCAGACAGCUGGCGGGGCUGGACGGUGGCCAUGAAGAAUGGGGUCCAAUGGGCAGAGCUGGCCGGCCAUGACUACGUGCUGGACCUGGUGUCGGACCUGGAGCUGCUCGGGGACUUCCCUCGACAGAAGUCCUACUUCAUUGUGGGCACAGAGGGGCCUGUCGCCAGCAGGGGAGGCCCCAGGGUGGUGUUUGGGAACAGCUGGGACUCGGAUGAAGACACACCCACUAGGCCCCAGCCCCAGGGGCACACACCCACAGUGCCUGACUCGGAUGGCUACUGCAGCCACAAUGAGGAUGGCACAGAUGCGGAGUCUGAGGCCCAGAGAGGGACAGCAACCCACCAAGACUCGGACAGCCUUGGAGAGCCUGCUGUGCCCCACAAGGGGCUGGACUGCUACCUGGACAGCCUCUUCGGCCCCGUGCUGUCCUAUGGGGAUGCGGACCUGGAGAAGCCAACAGCCAUUGCCUACCGCAUGAAGGGGGGAGGGCAGCCUGGCAGAGGCGGCAGUAGCAGUACUGAAGACACCUCCAGGAGACCCCCAGAGCCAAAGCCAAUCCCAGGCCUGGACGCCUCCACCUUGGCCCUGCAGCAAGCCUUCAUCCACAAACAGGCCGUGCUUCUGGCCCGGGAAAUGACCCUGCAGGCCCUGGCACUCCAGCAGCAGCCCCUGAGUCCUGCCCUGAGAUCCUUGCCCCCAGAGAAACCCCUAGCACCGGAGGCACGGCCGAAGUCUGUAGGCACCGGGCCCCCCGCCAAACCUGUGCUCCUGCGCGCCAGUGCAAAGCCCUCGGCCCCAGCCCCGCUGGCCAAGGCCCCAAGGCCCCACACCAAGCCCGUGGCUGCCCCUGUUCUAGCUCAGGACCGGGCUUCUCCAGAAACCACUUUGGCGCCCCCAGAGCUGGUCCGGUACUCGACACUCAACUCGGAGCACUUCCCACAGCCCACGCAGCAGAUCAAGAACAUUGUCCGGCAGUACCAGCAGCCGCCCCGGGGAGGCCGGCCCGAGGCCCUCAGGAAAGACGGUGGGAAGGUGUUCGUGAAGCGGCCGGACCCCCACGAGGAGGCCCUGAUGAUCCUGAAGGGGCAGAUGGCUCACCGGGCAGCAGUGCCUGGCCCCCAGGUGUCCAGAGAGGCUGUGGCCCUGGUGAAGCCAGUGACCAGUGCGUCCAGGCUAUUCGUGGAGCCCGUUUCAGCGCUGCCUUCCCGGUCGUUGGAGCCCCCGGAGGAACCUGUGCAGACACAGCUGCACCGCCUCGUCAACCCCAACUUCUAUGGCUACCACGACGCCCCCUGGCGGAUCUUCCUGCGAAAAGAGGUGUUUUACCCCAAGGACAGCUACAGCCACCCUGUGCAGCUGGACCUCCUGUUCCGGCAGAUCCUGCAUGACACGCUCUCCGAGGCCUGCCUGCGCAUCUCUGAGGACGAGAGGCUCAAGAUGAAGGCCCUGUUUGCCCAGAACCAGCUGGACACAGAGCGGCCUCUGGUGACAGAGAGCGUGAAGCGGGCCGUGGUCAGCACCGCACGAGACAGCUGGGAGGUCUACUUCUCCCGCCUCUUCCCCGCCACGGGCAGCGUGGGCACCGGCGUGCAGCUCCUAGCCGUGGCCCACACAGGCAUCAAGCUCCUGCGGAUGGUCAAGGGCAGCCAGCAGGCCUGUGGGCAGCUGCGGGUCCUGCGUGCAUACAGCUUUGCAGAUAUUCUGUUUGUGACCAUGCCCUCCCAGAACAUGCUGGAGUUCAACUUGGCCAGUGAGAAGGUCAUCCUCUUCUCAGCCCGAGCUCACCAGGUCAAGACCCUGGUGGACGACUUCAUCCUGGAGCUGAAGAAGGACUCUGACUAUGUGGUCGCUGUGAGGAACUUCCUGCCUGAGGACCCGGCGCUGCUGGCCUUCCACAAGGGCGACAUCAUCCACCUGCAGCCCCUGGAGCCAUCUCGAGUGGGCUACAGUGCCGGCUGUGUGGUCCGCAAGAAGGUCGUGUACCUGGAGGAGCUGCGGUGCAGAGGCCCUGACUUCGGCUGGAGGUUCGGGACCAUCCACGGACGCGUGGGCCGCUUCCCUUCGGAGCUGGUGCAGCCCGCUGCCGCCCCCGACUUCCUGCAGCUGCCAGCGGAGCCCGGCCCUGGCCAGGCCGCUGCUGUAGCCGCUGCAGUGGCCUCUACAGCCGCGGCGCGGGAGGUGGGCCGCAGGAGAGAGGGUCCCCCGGUCAGGGCCGGCUCUGCUGACCGUGGGGAGGAUGCCCCAGCACUCCCACCGUACACAAUGCUCGAGUUUGCCCAGAAGUAUUUCCGAGACGCUCGGAAGAGACCCCAGGAUGGCCUCAGGCUGAAAUCCAAGGAGGGUGGAGAGUCCAGAACCUUGGAGGACAUGCUUUGCUUCACCAAGAUCCCGCUCCAGGAAUCCCUCAUCGAGCUCAGUGACAGCAGCCUCAACAAGAUGGCCACGGACAUGUUCCUAGCUGUGAUGAGGUUCAUGGGCGACGCCCCGCAGAAGGGCCAGAGUGAGCUGGACGUGCUUUGCGCCCUCCUGAAGCUGUGUGGGGACCACGAGGUCAUGCGGGACGAGUGUUACUGCCAAAUUGUGAAGCAGAUCACAGACAACACCAGCUCUAAGCAGGACAGCUGCCAGCGAGGCUGGAGGCUGCUGUCCAUUGUGGCUGCCUACCACAGCUGCUCCGAGGUCCUCCACCCACACCUCAUUCGCUUCCUCCAAGACGUGAGCCGGACCCCAGGCCUGCCCUUCCAGGGGAUCGCCAAGGCCUGUGAGCAGAACUUGCAGAAAACCUUGCGCUUCGGGGGCCGUCUGGAGCUCCCUAGCAGCAUGGAGCUUCGGGCCAUGUUGGCGGGCCGCAGUUCUAAGAGGCAGCUUUUUCUUCUUCCCGGAGGGCUUGAACGUCAUCUCAAAAUCAAAACGUGCACUGUGGCCCUGGACGUGGUGGAGGAGAUCUGUGCUGAGAUGGCUCUGACUCGCCCCGAGGCCUUCGAUGAGUAUGUUAUCUUCGUCGUCACCAACCGAGGCCAGCAUGUGUGCCCACUCAGCCGUCGUGCCUACAUUCUGGACGUGGCCUCCGAAAUGGAGCAGGUAGACGGUGGCUACAUGCUCUGGUUCCGGCGUGUGCUCUGGGAUCAGCCACUCAAGUUUGAGAAUGAGCUAUACGUGACCAUGCACUACAACCAGGUCCUGCCCGACUACCUGAAGGGCUUCUUCAGCAGCAUGCCAGCCUGCCGGCCCAGCGAGCAGCAGCUGCAGCAGGUGUCCAAGCUGGCUGCACUGCAGCACCGUGCCAAGGACCACGUCUACCUGCCCAGUGUGAGGGAGAUCCACGAGUACAUCCCAGCCCAGCUCUACCGCAUGACAGCCAGCUCGACCUGGCUUGACCUGGUCAGCCGGCACCGGCAGCAGACGCAGGCACUCAGCCCACACCAGGCCCGUGCCCAGUUUCUGGGCCUCCUCAGUGCCUUCCCUAUGUUUGGCUCCUCCUUCUUCUUCAUCCAGAGCUGCAGCAACAUCGCUGUGCCGGCCCCCUGCAUCCUUGCUGUCAACCACAACGGGCUCAACUUCCUCAGCACUGAGACCCAUGAGCUGAUGGUGAAGUUCCCCCUGAAGGAGAUCCAGUCGACGCGUACCCAGCGGCCCACAGCCAACUCCAGCUACCCCUAUGUGGAGAUCGCGCUGGGGGACGUGGCGGCCCAGUGCACCAUGCAGCUGCAGCUGGAGCAGGGUCUGGAGCUGUGUCGAGUGGUGGCCGUGCACGUGGAGAAUCUGCUCAGUGCCCGUGAGAAGCGGCUCACGCUGCCUCCUAGCGAGAUCACCUUGCUCUGACACAGCCCUCAGCCCUCUAGCUGCCUUCUGCCAGAAGACUCACUGCGUGGCCUCAGGGGAGUCACGGAAUCUCUCUGGGUCAGUGACCCCUAUAAGGGGCCAGAAUCUUGGGGGAGACCAAGAGGAGGCAGGAGGAGCAACCCAAGAGGACUGAUCCAGAGCUGAGAUGGAAUAGCAGCGUGCCAGACUUGGGUCAGAUAGCAAGAGGAACUUUCAAAGGCCGGCCCAUGGGUCCUCCUACUAUGUACCCACUACAGACUCUGCCUCUGCCUCCCACCUAAUGGCAGGGAAGCCCCACACCAGUGACCUAGAUGAAGUGGACUCUGCAUUUGGUUUAAUCGGGGUCUGAUGUUUGAAUCUGCUCCAACUCCACAUCCCAGCCCCCACGUGUCCUCGUCAGGUGCCCCUCCUUGUGCUGCUUCUCUGCCUGGAUUCAUGGUCCUUGGUUAUUUCUGUGCAAAUAAAAGGUG